AUGGACAUCAUGCAUGUGAACCCUUUUCCAGUGGGCAUUAGAUUUUCCCCUACGGAAGAAGAAUUGGUGCAUUACUAUUUGAAGAACAAAGUCAUGAGUUGUCCCUUCCAUGAUCCCACCAACAGAUUCAAACAACUUCAGCUUUACAACUAUACUCCGGAGAAGCUCAGAGAAACAUAUGGAGUGCAAAUAGAAGCUGAAAUGUAUAUCUUCGUCAAGAAAGUGUUGAAGCAUCAAAAAGGAAAACGUCUCGAACGUAGAAUUGCUAAUGGUAGUAAUGGAUAUUGGAAGGCUUCUACGGGAGAGAUAAACAUGAAUCUUGACGGCGUUUUAAUUGGACACCGUAGGACCUUAGUCUACUACAAUGGUGAAGGAGAAAAAACCAACUGGCUUAUGUACGAAUAUAGAUUACCUGAUCACAAUCAUAUGGUGCAGUUGGAAGAUUGGCUGCUUUGCAAGGUGUAUUUUAAGGGAAAGGAGGAAAUUAAGAGUACUCAAGUUAACUUGGUGGAGGAGCCUGCAGCUAUACUCAACUCAAACGGAGAUGUCAAACAAGUAGAAUAUUCUUCAGCUUCUCAGGCGACUGCCGAGCAACCUACGACCAUGGUUAGCUCCAACAAUGACGUCCAACUACCAGACUCGAAUCAAAUUAUUCCCUUUUGUUUCGACUCUAUUACAGAAGAUCAGUUGUUUCAAGAAGCGAUUUUCACCAACGACAUUGUGGCCGGAGAUAUGUUUUUCGAGGAUCUUGAUUUGUGGGGUUAA